UGUGUCAUGUGUAUGCAUAUAUGAAGAGAUGUUCUAUAUUCACACGCGUGCUACCAAAAUAUAUAAAUAGGCACACAAAAAGUAGCUUCCAUUUGUAUUUGUAUACUUUUUUUUUUUUUUUUCUUCUUCUUCUUUUCCUACGUGCACUUCAGAUUCCAUCUUACUUUUACUUCCCCUCUUCACCUUCCCACCAGUUCAAUUUUUUCAGUAGCUUAAAGAAUCUUUGAGCUGCAAAAAAAGAAAAACAAAAACCACUCUUGUUCCAAUCCGUAAUCCUCGAUUUCUCCGCAUCAAGCUCACGUUUAUCCACUCAUGCUCUUCCUCUUUUCUUGAGCCCCUCAAACACACCAAAAAUUCUGAUCAGAAAACCGAUUUUAAAUCUUCAAAAAAAAAAAAAAGUUGUUUGUUGGUGCAUGUUUGUGUUAUGAUGGCUAGCUCAAGUGGGACCUUCAAAGAAGGGGUUAACAAGCAAGCUCAUAACUCUGUUUCUUCGUCCUACAAUGGCGGCUCUGUGCAUGGAGAGUGGGGUGUGCCAACUUUUCAGCAUCAGCAGACCAUUUCCAUGGACUGGACUCCUGAAGAGCAAGCUCUCUUGGAGGAGGGUUUGGCCAAAUAUGCCACAGAGUCGAACAUCAUCCGUUAUGCAAAGAUCGCUGUGCAGCUAAAGAACAAGACUGUUCGAGAUGUGGCUUUACGGUGCAGAUGGAUGACUAAGAAAGAAAUCAGCAAGAGACGGAAAGAGGAUUUCAAUGCAAGGAAAAGCAAAGAUCGAAAGGAAAAGUUCAUCGACUCUACAGCAAAGCCUUCUCGAUUAUCCAUCCAAUCGGGUCUAUCUCAAGCUCCGGGAAUGGUUUCCAAUUGUAAUGAUGACAGCAUCUCAUACAAUGAUUUAACUGGUGCCACUCGGCAGCUUCUUCAGCAUAACGCUUGGACUUUCAAACAGAUAUCUGCAAAUCUCUCCACUCAUCAGAUACACGAAAACAUUGGGCUUCUGAGUCAAGCUCGAGACAACAUCUUCAAAAUUUUAACCAAUGUGGAUUGGGUCGACUGCAGCUUGAACGACAUGGGGCCAACAAUGAAGAGAAUGCCUCAGCUCCCUAAACUGAACGAAGAGCUAGCCAACUCCAUCCUUCCUUCGACAAACUUCCCUAUCCAACUAUGAUCUGAUCAUCAAGAAGCUGCAGAUAUUUGCUGAUGAAAAAGAUGGAUUGCAUCAUGAUUGACAGCAGAGGUAAUCAACAUCUGAUAUCUGAAUUUAUUGAAAGUGGUGGAAUGGAAAUCUCUUGGGAGUAUAUUUUGUACCUUAAAUGGUGAAAUUUGAGUUGAUUCAUACAUAAAAGAUUACAUCAUGAAAAAGCAAAUAUCCAUUUCUGUAGCUGGAUUUGUAAGUUUUACAAGAAAUUAAUGGUUGAUGCAAGUGUUUGAGAUGUUA